AUGGCGAAUUUGCAACAAUUCGGAAGAAAUCAGAGCAGAACCACGGGCCAAAGAAGUAACGAAAAUCCGCGCAAGUUUCCCCGCGGCUCGGCGGGCGGCCUUAGCUCGAGAUGCAUUUCAAGGCGUGCUGGCGGGCGCAGAGCAGGCCCGGCCGGGUCCGAGGGGCGGCACGCUUCUCCCGGGCGGCGGGUCCGCUUACUCCAUUGCAGCGCCCGACACGGAGGCAGUGGAGACGGCAAGGGCGAAGGCUCGGGCGUCGGCUUCCUCGAUCUAGUGCAGGAAGCCGCGACGGCGGCGGAGGUUUCUGCUGCGGCAGGCGGACGCCGCCGCGGCUCUCGCCAUAUCGGACGCGGGGAGCAGACUGCGCCCUGGCUCUCCGCCCCGCGGUUGCAGCCCGCAGUUCCCUGGAGUGAUGACUCCUCCGCUAAGCACGACCGCCGCCGCCCGCAGCGCAGCCCGUCCGGCAGAGGCAGAGGAGAGCGUUCACACCGCCAGGCCCCGCCGCCGCCCAGCGCACACGGCAAGGCCCCGCUGCAGGCCCCUCCCCCGCGCCUCGCCGCCCUCACCCCGACUCCACGCGCCGCUCUAGCUCGGCAGGGCCCGGGAUGCUACGGCCGUAAUGGAUCCCGCGGGCUGUACGGCGCCUCAGGCCCGGCCGGCGACGACGACCGUUACCCCAACGGGCAAAGCCACUGUCAUCCCCGAGACUCCCCCGCCGCCGUCGUCGCUAGCGCUCGCACGCAUGCGCAGAGCACACUCUCACCCCUCCCCCCGCCCUUCCCUUUCCCUUCGCUUCCCUUUUCCCCUGCUUCUCCUCUAAGAACCCCCUCCACGCCCGCCCGAGCUACCGGCUCUCGGCGCAUGCGCAACCCACCAGCCGACUCACCGCCUUUCGCCCUGACGCGUGCGCUUUGACCGCCCACCCAGAGAACCGGAUAAACACAUUAGCCCGCUCACGCCAGCCCACCCUAGGCUCAUUGCGCAUGCCUGGCUCUACACUUACGGCUCUUAGAACGGAGCAUGCUCUUUGGAGCUGCCUGCUCUCUCCGCCCCUCCCCCACGCGCUCUCAAAUUUCCUCUCCUAGGCGUGUGGGCUGUGGUGAAAUAUUCGUUAGCUGGCACUUCCUUCCCCCAUGUGGACCAUACGCUUCCCGCAUUACACUGCCUCAGUGCCCGCCAACGCCAAGGCCCGGCUGGGUCACGCCAUGUGGCGCUCCGCACCGGCCCCCACGCGGCCUCUGGUACUGACUGAUCACUGUGUGAGGAAAUAGCCUCGUACAACCCCAAGCCCCGCCCUCGCCGCCUUUCUCCCGGAACGCGCGUCCAGGCCCUGGGCAGGGCGCUGCCUGGGCCGGCGGCCUCUUGCGCACCGGAAGGCGGUCGCUGGGGGUCUGUGAGCCCUGAGGCUGGGGUCUCGGGGUCUCGGGCCUGACCGACUCUGCUGCUCGGCCUUUCCGACCUCGCCGAGCCGCUUCGGGAGCAGCCGAGUUUUCAAAACAAAACGACUCCCUUGUAUGUAAAUAAAUGUGUUGAAUAUAUGGCUUUGCUGUAGAAGGGGUCCAAAUCCUUCACAGCGUGUCUUUUAAAACAAAAUUUGCUUUAUCAAAAACGAGACCACGGACAUUGGGAAAUAAAUAAAAGUACAAUUUACCAUAUGAUUCUCCUCCCUUCUUAAAGUACAAAACCUUUUUUG